UCUCUCUGCCCCUCCCACAAUGGGGAGAUUUCCCCCAGUAGGUGUCUCUGCCCCUCCCACAAUGGGGAGAUUUCCCCCAGUAGUUGUGUCUCUGCCCCUCCCACAAUGGGGAGAUUUCCUGCAGUAGUUGUGUCUCUGCCCCUCCCACAAUGGGGAGAUUUCCUCGCAGUAGUUUGGUGUCUCUGCCCCUCCUACAAUUGGGACAUUUCCCUGCAGUAGUUUUUUGUGUCUCUGCCCCUCCCACAAUGGGGAGAUUUCCCUCAGUAGUUGUGUCUCUGCCCCUCCCACAAUGGGGAGAUUUCCCUGCAGUAGUUUGUGUCUCUGCCCCUCCCACAAUGGGGAGAAUCCCCUCAGUAGUUUUGUGUCUCUGCCCUUCCCACAAUGGGGAGAUUUCCCUGCAGCAGUUUGUGUCUCUGCCCCUCCCACAAUGGGGAGAUUUUCCCCCAGUAGUUGUGUCUCUGCCCCUCCCACAAUGGGGGAUUUCCUCGCAGUAGUUGGUGUCUCUGCCCCUCCCACAAUGGGGAGAUUUCCC